UUUAGGUCAGCAAAAAUAGGCCUGGGACAGGUUGUUUCACUGUUGUUACUAGCAACGCCCUCACUUAAGACAGAUCUGUUCCUGUUCAAACUGUGCUUACUUCUGCGACCGGCAUAGGAUUUGACUCUUUAGAUUGGAAGGAAAGAAGAACAAUAUCCAGUCAAGAUGGAGAUCAUACAAGACAAGUAUUAUGAACUUCAGAAAUUCUACGACUGGGCUGUUUCUGUAUCAGAUCCCAGAGUUAAGGACUGGCCUCUAAUGCAGAGCUACACUCCAACCAUUGUACUGACCAUUAUUUACAUAUUCUCCGUCAUCAUCGGCAAGCGCAUCAUGGCCGACAGGGAACCCAUCAAGUUCAAAUAUACUCUCUUUUUCUAUAAUUUAGGACUUAUUGCACUGAACUUUCAUAUAGCUUCAACACUUUUUAUAUCAGCGUAUAGAGCUGGUUACAGUCUUCAGUGUCAAUCUGUCAAGUAUUCGUACGACCCUAAUGAAUACAGUAUUGCCUCUGCCCUAUGGUGGUUUUAUAUAUCCAAAUUGGUGGAAAUGUUGGACACAAUAUUUUUUGUGUUGAGAAAAAAGAACAACCAAAUCAGUUUCUUGCACGUGUACCACCAUGCUUCCAUGUUCCCUCUGUGGUUUAUAGGUGUAAAGUGGGUCGCUGGCGGCCAGUCUUUCUUUGGAGCAAUGAUCAAUUCCUUUAUUCAUGUGUUGAUGUACUCAUACUAUGGGUUGUCUGCCCUUGGACCUCACAUGCAGAAGUACUUGUGGUGGAAGCGAUACCUUACCAUUCUCCAGUUGUUGCAAUUCUUUAUUGGGAUGGUGUAUGGAUUUCAAAGUCUGUAUUUGGGAUGUGAUUUCCCUCUGUGGAUGCAGUACACAGGCUUAGUGUACGGUGUCACAAUUAUCACACUGUUCUGCAACUUUUAUAUACAAGCCUAUAUGAAGAAGCCCAAAGCUCAUUCACAGAAACCAGUAAAAGAAGCAACAGCUAAUGGAGAAAUAAACGGAAAAGUGACAGAAAAUAGCAAAAAAUCCAAAAACGGUUCAUCAGUGUCCAACGGCCAUAUGGAAAAAAAGAAGGAUAAAUGAGGAUCAGUCAGAUGUGAUUUACCGGUCAAGAGAUGACAUAAGACACUAAGGUUGAUGGUCAGCAAACACUCUUUUAAAACUAGCUGACUUCAAUAAUAUAUAGGCAAUGCUAUAGGUUCGAGACAGUGUUUGAAUGGCUUUAAAGACCAGGGAAGCUCUUGUGGAGCUAACGUUCUGUGUAGAUCUCAAUCCUGCUCUGAUAUUGGCUAUAACAAUUUACCUCUGUGCUUUGACAUAAUCUUGAGAUUUUACUACCUACUGACUGUGAAUAUUGAGUAAUGGGAAAAAACCGAGAACACAACUAUUCAAUUGGAAAAAUCUGUGAUUAUAGUAUUCCAAUAAACCAGUCCGUCUAGACAUUUUAGAAGUAUCUUAAAAUUAACCCAUUCACUCCUAAAGUCACAUUUGAACCUUACCAAAUCAAAGACUAGGCAAGUCCAGUUUAAAUAUGUAGGGGUGAAUGAGUUCAUUUUUGUGAGGUGUUUAAUUUUUGAUUAUCAAUGUUCACUUCAGUUUAAUCAACCCCCGCAAGGACAAGUCUCGUGUUUAGAAUAUUCAAAAGUUUUUAAUUCUACUGAAGAUAUUUAAAAAAUACUGGUGAUAUUUCAAUAUGGAAUUGGUGUAAAUUUCCAAUGUUAUUUUUCUAUUUCCUGAUAAACUAUCAGCUAUUGAAAGGGACUUAGAAAAGCAACUCACUAUUGAAAAACUCUUUCAGAAAAAUAUUACAUUGUCUGUUACUAUUGAAAGCAAUACUCUUUAACUCUAUGCAAUUUUUUGUGAACAAAUAGGUAGUUUGUAGACAAAUCAUAGCAUCAUAGUUUAUUGAUAAUCACGGUAAAAUGAGUAUAAAUGAAAUUGGUGUAAAUUCCCAAUGUAAUUUUCCGUUUCCUGCCUGAAAAUUUAUUUAAAACAAACAUUUUCCAAGUGUAGCUGACAGUCUUUCAUUACAAUGUAUUUCAUAGGUGAGACAGCAAAGCCUUUGUAUUUAAUGUUCAUACACCACCAAGUGAUUUAGUUAUAUUAAUUAAGUCUCAUAUUAUGUUGAUUCUACAAGUUAAAUAGGAACCAAUAGUUAAGACCUGUACAACACUUUCCAAACAGAAGCUUGAUAAUCAAGUGGAUGAUGGAUAUUAAUGUCCUGUUAGGUAUUGAAGUAAAAUUUUGAUAAAUUUAUUUAAAAAUUUCUGAAAAUGUGUUCUUGCUGAAUGUUAUACAGGUAUCAUUACUAUUUGUCUAGUUUAAAUUUGAAAUAUCAUUGAAUACAUUCACUUUUUCAAUUCAUUGCCAUUUAAAAUCCUGAAAGUAAAAUCAAUUUUGUUGAGCUAUAAUUAAAAAUCUUAUAUCUUGAGGCAAUAAUUGAAUCUUUAGUAUUAGAAUGUGAAUGUACUUAACUAAUUUUUUUUAAAUAAUAUUUAUACAAUUUGGAUUUAAUUUCCUUUUGACCUAUUAAAAAAGAAAUGAAUUUUAAAGAAGUUAACACAACAUGAAAAGUGAAUUUUUCAAAGAAAAUUAAGUAACCACAUUUUCAUCAAAACCUGAUGUAAUCCAUUGAGUUGAACUCAUCCUUUUUACUUCCUUGAUAAUCUAGUCUUGGGCAUUGUUUUCCUGGAAAGUUCAGUACACCUACAUUUGGACGUAGAAUCUAACCUAUUGUGUAUGAAGACAUUUGUGUGCUAUAUGCCUGAUGGAUUGUAAGAAUGUUGAUCAAUUGCAGUAUAAUAUGAAUGAUUCAUUGACCUUCAUGCAAAAUAGAUAUAUUUAUGGAAGGAAAGGAUGUGUAAGUGUGAAUGAUGAGAUGAUUUACUGGAGUUAUCCACCUUUUUCUGUGCAAAUUUAUAUAUGUGCUCAAUAACUCCGUUACCAAUCAGGUAUAUUAUUAAGAGCAGUUCCCAAGAUUUCAUGAUCAUAUUUAUAUCACUCAUAUUUCAUUUAAGUAUUAAUUUUUCAUAUUAAGUCAUCAGAAACUUUAUUUACCCCAUCCUCAAAAAAUUAUUACCAAGCAUUAGAUUUCUGUUGUUUUCCCUGUCCAAAUUAUAAAAUCAUUACAAAUACAUGUAUGGCAAAGAAGGGCUAAAUAUUUAAUUUAAUUCAGUGGUUGUUGUUCACAUUAGCUAUAGGUUGUUUUUAUACAUUCAGUAGAGAAUACUAUAAAGCUGCUUCCCUACCAGGCUUACUGUAGUUCGAAAUUUCAGAUGUCUCUGGUUCUCGAAAAUGUCCCAUUUGAAUUGAACGAGAAAAUCCUUUUCUAACACCAUGACAUACAAUAUUAUCCUUGACAUUAAUGAUUAUCCAAAUGCUUUACAGGAACCAAUCAGAAAUAAUUUUGAUAAAGAAUAUUCAACAUCAUUUAUCAAAAAAUUAAAUUUCUUGUACAAAAUGGACCACAAUUUUUUUUUUGAUUGAGUUUAAACUUUAUUUGAUGUGUAUUGAAAAACAAGUAAAUACAAACACUUGAUAGAUAUAUAAACAGUUAAAAAUAAAAUGAAAUCACAAGUUCCAUAAAAGCAGACAGGUACUUACUGUUGAAUUUGUCAUUUGCAGUUAAUGUUUUUUUGGAGAAUUUCAAUCUCAAUUUUUUUUAUUUUUGAUUCAUUAAGAGAAAUUCAGCAUUUAGUUUGGUGUAUGCAUCAUGUUGAAUUGUACAGCCAUCUUCUAGGGAGGGCCAGUGGUAUCCAAUAAUAUAAUUAUGUAUUAAUGUUGCAAUAAUGAUGACAUCAACAAAUCAUGCAAUGGCAGUCAUAGCUGUUAUGAAUGCCGUCUGAAUUUGGUAGGGUUACAUAGUGGCAGUGCCAUAUGAUGGGAAAUACUUUGUGAUAAGAUACUUCCAGAGCUUUCACAAUUUUUUUUUUUUAUCAGAUUUGCUGUUAUUUGUUAAUUCAUUGUUUAGUAUUUUAGAAAGACAACUUACCGAGUAGAUACUUUUUAUCACCUGGAAUUUUAUGGUUAAGUAAAAUCAUUUACCAGUACUGUAUAUAAAUAUACACAUACAUAGAUGCGUAUGGUGAUUUGAUAGGUAUUGCUAUUAUUAUUAAUAUCCAAUAUGUAUGGAGUCAUUACAUGUGAGAGUUUGUUGACCAAACUGUUUAAGAAUUGUUAAUACGAAGAUGAAAUUUUAUCAAGAAAAUUCUUAAAUUACUGCUGAAGAUUGUUAAUAAUACUGAGCUAGUUUUAUACUUUUCAGUGUAGGACAAGCUGGUUAUGAAAAGAGUAUGUAAUUACCGUGCUCAAUACUAGCUAAUUCCCUACUUCAGUUUAACUUGUCUUGGGAGACCAAUAAUUAUAAGUGAUCACCUCUUCAAUUGGCAAAGUCAGUGAAAAGUGGCAAUUAUCUCUUCUAUCUGCAAAUCCGGUGAACAUUUACACGAAGUAUUUAUUUGCUUUAAAACUGUAUCCUUUAGCAAUAUGAAAAAAUCAGUUUUUAUACUUUUUAUAAAGUCUGAUCUCACUAAUUCACAGACAGAUUUUACUGGAAAAUUCCAACCUGAAACAAAUUCCCAUCUCUAUAUAAUGUGAAUACAAAUACCUAACUGAACGAUGUAGAUUAAUAAUUUGUGCUGAUUAUCACAGAUAAUUCAGCGCCUUAAUUGUUAGAUUUUGUGCUAGAAUCAUUUGUGCCUGAAUGAUGUGUGAUUUGAGAUUGUAUUUUAAUAUUUGACCCAGUGAACCAAAAAGAAUAAAAGUGAAAGAAAAAAAAUGACAAAAUGUGAAAUGCUAAUUUGGACUAUGGAGUCUGUUGAAAAAGUUUGUGCCUUAUACAAUACUGUAUAACACAAAAUGUUGGUGGGUAGUUUCAAUCGUGGUUUGAAGCCAUUUAGACCACUUUGUGGUACAAACUUUUGUGGAUUUCCUAUAUUAACAAACAGCAGACACGUAUAUCAUUCAAAUUCGUUGUAUUUAUAUUCGUGGUUCAAUAGCAACUACGAAAACCACGAAUGUUUAUACACAACGAACAUUUGGGUUUAUUCAUUAUCAACUUCUCACAAUGCAAAAUACAUAUUCCUGUCUGCAGAAUAUAUCUAAACAUGAAUAUCUGUUCACCGUGCCAUGUCCACGAGAGAGUGCGUUUGAUUUCUGGGUCAAAUAUGCUAAUGUUUCUCUUUUAUUAUAGAGUAGAAUUACAAUAAAUGUAUAGUAAGAUCUAUAGUUGUCAUAUUUAUAUAUAUAUAAAAACAUAUUUAUUGAUUGUACAA